UAGACAGACAAACCUGUAGAAGAUAUAGAUACAAGCUAGGCGAAUUGGAACACUUAAUAUCUACCCUGUGUCUAUUUAUAUGCAACUAUUAUCUUGUUUCUAUGCUUGGUAUUAGGAAGUUGAUAUAAAUAGCUGAAGGUUUUACCAGAUCCAUGGAUUAUAAAGGAGACAGGUCACACUGACUGCGUCACAGGUAACCAGAGGACCAGUAUGUAGACGUAUUGUGGUGCUCUCGUAUCAUACGUGUUCAUGCAUGGAGAUGGUAUUAGUUUGGAUCUCAUAUGUUUACAUAUCUAACCUGUGACCUACAAAGAUAUCGCGUGACGGAACGAACUAAGAAUCAAGAAAACAGUGUAAGCUGAAUGUGUUACUGUUCCAAAAGGCGUCAUAAUGGAUACAACGUAAUUUAUGAAGAGGAAAAUCCAGCCUGAAAUAUGUUUCAAUUAUUCAGGAGAUUUUAAAGUAUGGCUUCAAAAACUGCUGAGCGUUGUAAGUUGUGGCGCGAAAAGCGGAAAGAUGAUGCCGAAUAUUGGGAGCAGGAGCGGAUACGAAAACGAAACGCAAGACGAUUGCGUUCUGCUGAGAAAAAAGAACAUGAUAGAGAACUGAGUAGAAAAAGACAAACGAAAUUCAGAGAAAGAAAGAAGGUAGUGUCCAAGGUAAAUACGACUCAGUUGGAAGUACAUGAAGCAACUGGUGACUCCGGAAACAUAGAAAUUAUUGAUAACACCGGAAGUACAUCGAUUUCCUCAGAUGAUGUAUCAUCUCAAUCAAGUUUCCAUGUCACGGACACGGUUUCAAAAUCAUUUUUGGAUCCUGACAGCAAGGACAGUGACUCGGAUGAAUCUUCAGAUAAUAUGAUUUUGGAAAAGGAUGCUAUGAAUGACGAAGAUUGUCAUAUGAUUCUGCAGAAUUUGAAUGGCCACAGGUUGGCAGUAGUAAACACCCCUACUCUUAAAAAUGAUCAAAGCAGAACGGAAGAAGAAAUUAACGAGAUUAAACAAAGACAAGACACACGGCAUGCUUACUUUAAAGCACUACAAAUUGCAUUGUCUCAUAAUGACGACUUUGAUUCCAUGAGAAACCAUUGUAAUUCAUAUGCACAGCACAUUGAUAAGACAUAUCCUAUAGGUGAUCUUCCCGUACUUGACGGAGAAAAUUACAAACAGGAUUGGGUAGCGUCAAGUCUUUACCCUUGUGAUGACUCCCCGGACAACCACGUCCCAAUAAAAACAGGUGGUGAUGGCAAUUGUCUUCCAAGGAUUGGAAGUUUAUUCGUGUUUGGCAAUGAGAAACAACAUGUUGAAUUCAGAGUCAGGAUAUUCAUGGAGUUGUGCCGGUUUGAGGAUACGUACUUGGACAAUUCAUUUUUGAACAGAGGUUCAGAAACUCCUUUAGACGAUAUCGUAAUGGCUCUGGCAUUGUAUUCAGAUGUUUAUGUUCCACGUGGGAAAGACAAAUGUCGUUUUGCUUUCCGACAGUAUGUGAAAAGUGUUCUUCAGACCAACAGUUUCAGUGGCAUGUGGAGCAUAUUCGGCCUGGCUAGCGUCAUUGGUGUGCCGAUAUUUUCAAUAUAUCCAUCUUAUGGCGGACACAAUGUUAGACGGCAUCUCCAUCGAAAGGUUAUUCCACGAGUCUUUCGUCAGGACAACAGUCGACUUAUCCAUAUUAUGUGGACAAAUACUGUGGGAAACCAACAGAGUCCCAUUGCCUGGACUCCAAACCAUUUUGUAGCCGUUCUUCCGACACAGGACACCAUUCAAUCAAUCAGAGAGACAGCUCUUGAAUUAGCAACACCAACACAGAAGAGUGGAAUUCAAGCAUGUACAAACGAAACUGGGUCCAAUAUGCAGAAAGAAUUUUUGCCGACGCCU